AUGAUGGACGAUGAUAUUGAACAAAGACUUAGAGAUAUCCAGAAGGAAUAUCUGAGUUUUCUAGAUGAUGAAGAAAAUCAAAAUGUAUACCACAAAAAGGUGAAAUUAAUGAUUGAUGAAAACGGCCAAAGACUACUAAUAGACAUCAAUGAUUUACGUAAAAAGAAUCCUAAUAGAACUCAUGAAUUAUUAACAAAUACUUUUGAAGAACAAUUUGCUUUGGAGCGUGCACUUAAAGAAUAUGUUGCAAAUAUUGAUUCUACUUAUGCCAAUAAAUAUGAUGAAUUUUUUGUUGCAUUUGAAGGUAGUUUUGGAAGUCGGCAUGUCACACCUAGGACUAUGAAUAGUAAAUUUUUAGGAAAUUUAGUGUGUUUAGAAGGCAUUGUUACAAAGUGUUCUCUGGUUCGUCCCAAAAUUGUAAGAAGUGUACAUUUUUGUCCGGCUACUAAAAAAACAAUAGAGCGCCGUUACACAGAUUUGACAUCAACAUCUGCUUUUCCAUCUAGUUCUGUAUAUCCAACAAAAGAUGAUGAUGGUAAUCCAUUGGAAACUGAAUAUGGUCUUUCUGUGUAUAAAGAUCAUCAGACAUUAACAAUUCAAGAAAUGCCUGAAAAAGCACCAGCUGGGCAAUUGCCACGCUUUGUUGAUAUUGUAUGCGAUAAUGAUUUAGUUGAUUGUUGUAAGCCGGGUGACCGAGUACAAGUGGUUGGUAGUUAUCGUUGUCUUCCUAAUAAACAAGGAGGUUAUACAACUGGAAAUUUUAGAACUAUUGUCAUUGCUAACAAUAUAUCACAGUUAAGUAAAGAUGCAACAUAUUCUGUUAGUAGAGACGAUGUUUUCAACUGUAGAAAAUUAUCAAGAAGGAAGGGUGAUAUAUUCAAUUUAUUGGCUCGAUCAUUAGCACCUUCUAUUCAUGGUCAUACUUUUAUUAAAAAAGCAAUUCUUUGUCUAUUGUUGGGCGGAAUUGAAAAAAUUUUACCUAACGGAACACGUCUGCGUGGAGAUAUAAAUCUUUUAUUAAUUGGUGAUCCUAGUGUUGCAAAAUCCCAAUUACUAAGAUAUGUAUUAUGUGCUGCUCCAAGAGCUGUAGCCACUACAGGCAGAGGAAGUUCAGGAGUUGGUUUGACUGCUGCUGUCACUACAGAUCAAGAAACUGGUGAUCGGCGAUUAGAAGCUGGAGCUAUGGUACUUGCUGACAGAGGUGUUGUGUGUAUUGAUGAAUUUGAUAAAAUGUCUGAUAUAGAUAGAACAGCUAUUCAUGAAGUUAUGGAACAAGGCAGAGUAUCUAUUUCAAAAGCUGGUAUACAUGCAAGGCUUAAUGCCAGGUGCUCUGUUUUAGCUGCUGCUAACCCUGUGUAUGGUAGAUAUGAUCAAUAUAAAACUCCAAUGGAAAACAUAGGUCUGCAAGAUUCAUUACUAUCUCGGUUUGAUUUAUUGUUUGUCAUGUUAGAUGUACCUGAUAGUGAAAAUGAUCGUUUGAUAUCGGAGCAUGUUGUUCGUAUUCAUAGAUACAGAGAUCCUAAAGAACAAGAUGGUGAAGCGUUACCAAUGGGUUCAGGUGUGGAUAUUUUGAGCACUAGAAAUUUGGAAAUUGAUGAGAAUGAUCCAUCUAAAACUAGGAUGUUUGAAAAAUAUGAACCGUUGCUUCAUGGACCGCAAAACCAUAAAUCAGACCAAACUUUAAGCAGUCAAUUCAUGAGAAAAUAUAUACAUAUUGCUAAGUGUGUUAAGCCUGUGUUGACCGAGGAAGCGUCUAAUGAAAUAUCCGAAGAAUAUUCUAGACUUCGCUCUCAGGAAGCUGUUGAAUCUGAUGCUGCAAGGACUCAGCCUGUUACUGUCAGAACACUAGAAACAUUAAUUCGUCUUUCUACUGCUCAUGCUAAAGCUCGUUUGUCCAAAAAUGUUGAACAACAAGAUGCCCAAGCAGCAAUUGAGCUUGUUCAGUUUGCUUACUUUAAAAAAGUAUUAGAGAAACCUAAAAGAAAACGGCAUGUCAGUGAUGAAGAAUCUGGAGAUGAAAAAGAUUCACAAGAUAAACCUCCAAAAAGAAAAUCGAAAAAAAAUGAUGACGAUCCUUACUCAUUUGAAGACGGGGAAGAAGAAGAGAUUGAUGCUGCUGAACCAGAAGCUAUGGAAGUAGAUACAGAGAAUUCAGGAACACUGAGAGGAGGUCCACCCGCAGUAUCACAAACAUCAAUCACUCCAGAUAGGUAUAAAGUAUUUAAGUCAACAUUGAGUAAAGUUUUUCAAAAACAUAGAUCACAAUCAUUGGGUUUUAAACGCAUGCUCACUAUGAUAAAUGAAGAACAUGUGGCAGAAACUUUUACUGAAAAUGAAGCUUAUGCUGCUAUUUAUAAAAUGAUGGAUGCUAACUUCAUAAUGUUUUCAGAUGGAAUUAUAUUUUUAAUAUAG